UCCCUGGCAGGAAAAGUGCUUCACCUGUUGUAGCCGGUGUCAAAGGCCAGGGUCCACCGGUGAAGCCGGUUGCUUAGAGUGGUUAAGAAUUGACCGCGGUUGAAAUGAUUGCACGCUGUUUUGACCACUCUGGUUAAGUCUCCCCCUCCGACAGUGGUUCUGGUACUGCAACCAUUUAUCAGCUCAGAAAGAGAGAGAAAAACAAGAGAGAGAAAGAGAAAGAGAAAGAGAAAGUGAGUAGUUGAAAGGGUCAAUUGAAGAAGGGUUUUGGGAAUUGGUGCUGCUUCCUCUCUGCUUCUUAUCUUUGCCAGUUUUCAGAAUUUCGUUUCCCGAUCGGAGAGAACUUGUUCCCUUCCUCAGAUGUCAUAGAACCCGAGGGAAUUCUCGUAUGAGAGAUCUGUGAGCAAAAAAAUGGCGUCAUCAGAUGUUUCAAUCAAGGGAAAUUCCGUUAACGGAAAAGGAGAAAACAACGAUGCUAGAAAUAGUGCAGGAGAGUGUCAACAUGCUUCUUCUUCGUCAUCCACAAGAGACGCGGAAGCUGCCCUUUACAGGGAGCUGUGGCAUGCGUGUGCGGGUCCUCUCGUCACAGUGCCUAGAGAAGGAGAGCGCGUGUUCUAUUUUCCUCAAGGACAUAUUGAGCAGGUAAGUGCUAAUCGUGUUUUUGUAGCCACCGGGAUGAGAUUUUCUUCGCCGGAGGUGGAAGCGUCGACAAAUCAGGUAGCGGAACAGCAUAUGCCGGUGUACGAUCUCCCACCUAAGAUCCUUUGUCGGGUUAUCAACGUGAUGCUCAAGGCGGAGCCAGACACGGAUGAGGUGUUUGCUCAGGUGACCUUAGUUCCUGAGUCAAAUCAAAAUGAGAAUGCGGUGGAGAAAGAGGCUCCUCCGACUCCGCCUCCAAGAUUCCACGUGCAUUCCUUCUGUAAAACGCUGACGGCGUCAGAUACAAGCACUCAUGGUGGGUUUUCCGUGCUGAGAAGACACGCUGAUGAAUGCCUUCCUCCGCUGGAUAUGUCAAAGCAGCCACCUACUCAGGAAUUGGUCGCUAAGGAUCUGCAUGGGAAUGAGUGGCGAUUCAGGCAUAUCUUUCGUGGUCAACCGCGUAGACAUUUGCUGCAAAGUGGUUGGAGUGUUUUUGUCAGCUCCAAGAGGCUUGUCGCCGGAGAUGCGUUUAUAUUUUUAAGGGGUGAGAACGGGGAGCUUCGUGUUGGGGUUAGGCGUGCAAUGAGACAGCAGGGUAAUGUUCCAUCAUCUGUUAUCUCUAGCCAUAGCAUGCAUCUAGGUGUCCUUGCAACUGCCUGGCAUGCCAUACGGACCGGGACCAUGUUCACUGUAUAUUACAAGCCUAGGACUAGUCCGGCUGAAUUCAUUGUUCCAUAUGAUCAAUACAUGGAGUCUCUUAAAAGCAAUUACACCAUUGGGAUGAGGUUUAAGAUGAGAUUCGAAGGUGAAGAGGCUCCAGAGCAAAGGUUUACUGGUACCAUUGUUGGAAUCGAAGAUGCUGACCCUCAAAGGUGGCCAAAAUCCAAAUGGAGAAGUCUUAAGGUGAGAUGGGAUGAAACAUCUAACAUACCUCGUCCUGAAAGAGUUUCCCAAUGGAAAAUAGAGCCUGCUCAUGCUCCACCGGCUCUAAAUCCUCUACCAAUGCCCAGGGCUAAAAGACCUCGAUCUAAUGCAGUUCCAUCAUCCCCAGAUUCGUCUGUUCUUACCAGAGAAGCAUCUUCUAAAGUAAGUAUAGACCCUUUGCCAGCAAGUGGGUUUCAAAGGGUCUUGCAAGGUCAAGAAUUAUCGACCUUGAGAGGUAAUUUUGCUGAAAGCAACGAAUCUGAUACUGCAGAGAAGUCUGUUGCGUGGCCACCUGUUGCAGAUGACGAAAAGAUUGAUGUUGUUUCUACUUCAAGAAGGUAUGCAUCAGAGGGCUGGAUGUCAAUGGGAAGACACGAGCCAGCAUAUCCAGAUCUGCUUUCAGGCUUUGGGUCCCACGGAGAUCUUUCAUCCCAUCCAUCGUAUGUUGAUCAAACUGGUCCUGUAGCUAACCCUGGUAGGAAACAUCUGUUGGAUCGUGAAGGAAAACAUAAUGUUAUCAAUCCAUGGUCUGUAAUGCCCUCUAAUCUAUCGCUCAGUCUCUUGGACUCUAAUAUAAAAGGUUCUGCUCAAGCCAGUGAUACAACUUACCAAGUUCGAGGGAAUAUAAGGUAUAAUAGUGCCUUUGGUGACUACCCUGUUCUUCAUGGACAUAAAGUUGAGCAUCCACACGGAAACUUGUUGAUGCCACCACCAACUUCAACUCAGUUUGAAAGUCCUCAUUCAAGAGAACUGUUGCCCAAACCAGUAUCAGGAAAACCUUCUGAGGUUGCGAGGCAUAAAGAUGGUGAUUGUAAGCUGUUUGGCAUCUCACUUCUCAGUAGCCCCAUUGCACCAGAGCCUUCUGUUUCACAAAGGAAUGUUGCAAGUGAGCAGCCAGUUGGCCACGUGCAUUGUUCAUCACACCAACAGCGCAAAUUUGAAAAUGUUCAGAAGUCUGAGCAUUCGAGGGGAUCAAAACUGUCUGAUGGUCUGCUGACUGAUGACCAUGAAAAGCUGCUGCAAACUUCGCAGCCGCAUUUAAAUGAUGUUCAAUCCAAGCCUCAUGGUGGCUCUGCUAGAAGUUGCACUAAAGUUCACAAGAAGGGGAUUGCACUUGGUAGGUCCGUGGACCUUACAAAGUUCAGUAAUUAUGAUGAAUUAAUUGCUGAAUUGGAUCAGCUGUUUGAUUUUGGGGGUGAAUUAUCUUCUCCACAAAAGGACUGGCUUAUUGUCUACACUGACAAUGAGGGUGAUAUGAUGCUUGUUGGUGAUGAUCCGUGGCAGGAGUUUGUUGCAAUGGUCCGCAAAAUCUAUAUCUACCCCAAAGAGGAGAUUCAGAAAAUGAGCCCCGGUACCUUAAGUUCAAGAAAUGAAGAGUCAGCUAGUGAAGGGGCUGAUGCACAAGAAAUUAAAUGUCAGCUCAAUCAUUCAGCUUCAGAUACCUGAUAAUCCGUAGGUUUGAUUUCCAUAGCUUCCAGAUUCCAGACUGGAGUGGGAAGUAGUAGGUGACUGUCAUAAAGCCAUCCAGUUGGAGAAUAUGACCUGAAGAAGAGAAUUCUAAUUCUGAAUCUGACUUGCUUAUUAAGUGACUGUUUUGUGUUUGGAAUCAGAAUAUGGAUGGCAUGAAUGAGUAUCCAUCCAAUUUUGGACCGUGUCGUGGAAUUCGUAGCAUUAGUAUAUAUGCCUUCCUUGUUAUACACUCCUAAUAUAGUAUGUGUAAUUUAUGCCUUGAGCGAGGUGAUAAGGGGUGUAUUGGCCUUGCAUUUUUCAUCAAUCCUGCCUUGUACAUAGUUUACCUUUGCAUCCUUAGAACCCCAACCCAUUAAUGUAAUUAAGUUCAUAUACAAGGGCGGUUAUCUGAUUUUAAAUUUGAUUGUCUUAGUGGUAAUUUGUGAUAGUAAUGUGUGCCGUGGAAAUCAUUGUGGAUAUUAAAGUAUAAUAUGCUUUUGGCUAGACGUGUAAUUAAAAUUCGCAUCUAAUUUCUCGUUUGUUUGGGCUUUGUCACCAUUUCACCGUGUCCUUGGCAUUAGCGGCGCAGAUUGAAGUUGAAGUCGUUUCACGGGAGGAGAAAGUGGACACUUGGGUCUGGAAAUCUUGAUGGAGGAUUUGAAAAUUCUUUUGUGAAACGUAUUUCGUGCUUAAUCGUAGUGAUGGCACUGCUAGUUGUGAUGUGGUCAUCUUAUCUCUGCGAUUUCUGGAAAGUGGUUACGUGAUAAAAUUUCAUUCCUUGAAAGCACCAUCGUUGAAUACCAAAAUAAUAGUUUUUUUUAAAAAAAUGAUUGUACUUUUCAGCUGAUAAAACACACUAUGUUAGCACGUUGUGGACCCAAUUAUUUUUGGAGGUUCUGUCCUUUAUGUCUAGCAAGCUUUGGCCCAUGGAAUUCAUUAUUUAUUUAGAUUAAAAGUAGGCUACAGUGGGGACUCUGUUUGGCGAAUCCUUUAAUUUUUGCCGCAGAUGCGUGAGACCCCAUUUAUCCUGGCUUCUGCCAGCAUUGGAUUUUCAGUUGUCUGGUAAAAGCACUUUUUUUUAUCUUAUUUUUAUCUGUCACCUUUUGUUCUUAGAAAAAGGAAAGAUUAACAAAUUUUUUGGUGAGCUUGAUUUAUUAAAGAGGUGAAAAAAGGGAAAUCAGUGCUUAAAAAGCUUUGUCCCUACUAAGUGUACAAUGAUGAAAGACAGUGACAUUGUAGAAUCAAGCUUGACAUCAACAUGCAAAUUCAGAAUGUCGCUAAACUAAACGGAGACCAUCAACUUCCGUUUCAACUUGAACUUGCAAAGGGUGUCAACAGUAAUAGUGCUUUCAAUCGGUA